ACAACAACAAUAUCGAGACCUUCAGCUAACCUUAGUUAAUGUUAGUUGAUAUUUAAGCAAACAUCGUGCGACUUGAACAGCGUAUAAGCAAUGAAAAGCUUUAUAAGAUAUUCAAAAUACAGCGAUUUUCCCAUUGAAAAUUUGCCAUAUGGGGUGUUUUCGACGGCCACUGAUACUACCCCCAGAAUUGGCGUUGCUAUUGGGGAUUACAUACUGAAUCUUUUCGAAGUUGCACAUUUAUUUGAUGGGCCCUACUUAAAAGAAAAAAACCAUGUCUUCAAAGAGUCAUCCUUAAACAGCUUUAUGGCUUUAAGACCUCCAGAAUGGAAAGAAGCUCGAGAAUAUAUUCAAAAGUUACUGUCAGAGAAUGACCCAACGUUAAAAGACAACAAGGAAUUAAUUGAAAGGUGCUAGAAAUAAU